AUGGCAACUUUGAGGAAACAGUACCUGGUGGACAGAUGUGUGUACUCUGAGGACAGCCUUGCUGAAGAUCAUGUGGAGCUCCACAGGGUGCACAAAACCAUCCUGGACCAUGUCAAAGAGUAUCUGACUUGUGAUUUAAAACGGGCCAAGAAUGUCGUCCUCUCUCUCCUGCCCAUCAUUGGCUGGAUGAGGAUCUACAGAUUUAGAGAGUGGCUGCUGGGUGAUGUGGUGUCGGGGGUCAGCACUGGACUGGUGGCGAUCAUGCAAGGACUUGCUUUCUCUCUGCUGGCGUCGCUGCCUGCAAGCUACGGACUCUACACAGCUUUCUUCCCCAUGCUCAUAUACUUUUUCCUUGGUACCUCAAGACACAUUUCUGUAGGCUCCUUUCCAGUCCUGAGCCUAAUGAUAGGCGCUGUGGUGAUCCGUCUGGUACCGGAAGAUGGACCAUCAGCAAAUAUCACAGGCUUUGCAAAUCUGACCCAGGAUCAGCAAAGGGUCCUGGUGGCCUCCUCUGUCACCUUCCUCGUGGGUAUCUUCCAGCUUGCCAUGGGGGUUCUGCAGGUGGGCUUCAUUGUUGUGUACCUGUCAGACACUCUGGUGUCCGGCUUCACCACAGCAGCUGCUGUCCACAUCCUGGUUUCACAGCUCAAGUUUGUGUUGGGGUUGAUCGUGCCAGGCCUGAACGGGCCACUCUCCAUCAUAUAUACCCUGGAGCAUAUCUUUGACCAGAUAACCUCAACCAACAUCUGUGACCUGGUUAUGACCAUAGUGAUCAUGGUGAUCGUGUUCAUUGUGAAGGAGCUGAAUGACAAAUACAAAGCCAAACUGCCAGUGCCUAUCCCCAUAGAGGUCAUUGUGACAGUCAUAGCUUGUGGAAUAUCGUUUGCCUUCAACUUUCAGGAGAGAUACAAUGUUGAUGUUGUUGGCGUAAUGGUUAGUGGGUAUGAGACUCCAAUUGCUCCCAAUAUAGAGGUCUUCAAGACAAGUGCUGUGGAAGCCUUCCCUAUAGCCAUAGUUGGGUUUGCUGUUUCCUUCUCUGUGGCCAAAGUCUACUCUAUCAAACAUGAUUACACCAUAGACGGGAACCAGGAGCUCAUUGCUUUCGGGGUUAGCAACAUAUUCGGCGCAAGCUUCAGGUCGUUUGCGGCGAGCACAGCCCUCUCCAGGACGGCCAUACAGGAGAGCUCAGGAGGCAAAACACAGAUUGCAGGGUUGAUCUCGGCCAUGAUGGCAAUGAUUGUAACUUUGAAACUUGGGUUCCUGUUAGAGCCACUUCCCAAGUCUGUCCUGGGUGCCUUGGUGAUCGUGAACUUGAAGGGCAUGCUGAUGCAGUUCAGAGAAAUCCCGUACCUGUGGAGGAGGGACAAACCAGAAUUUUUGGUGUGGGUGGGGACGUGCCUGGGUGCCAUCCUGCUCGGCCUGGAUCUUGGUCUGGCGGUGGGCCUGGGGGUGGAGCUGAUCACCGUUGUCUUCAGGACUCAGUUUCCCCGCUGUUCUGUCUUGGCGAACAUCUCUGGCACUGACCUCUACAGGGAUCGCAAAGACUACCUGCAUAUAUUCGAACCAAGGGGAGUAAAAAUCUUCAGGAUACCCUCUCCCAUCUUCUUUGCCAACAUAGAGUUCUUCAAGGAAAAGCUCCAAGAAGCUGUUGGAUUCAACCCCUUGAGAGUUCUGAGGAAGAGGAACAAGGCACUCAGGAAGAUCAAGAAACUGUUGCAGGAAAAUGAUAAUCACAGAAGGGAGACAGGUUUGAGGGGUUUAUUUAGCAAAGCAACUGAUGAGUCUUGCGUUAACAAGGAGGAGAUGGAUCAGCCCUUUGACCUCGAGGGCCUUCCAUUCCGGAUGGACUGGAAUGCCGAGCUUCCCAACAACAUCAGAGUUCCCAGAGUGGACCUCCACAGCCUGAUCCUGGACUUCUCCGCUGUCUCCUUCCUGGACAUCUCUGCUCUGAAAGGACUCAAAGUGGGUCUCAAAGAGUUCAUCCGAAUCGAUGUGGAUGUUUACAUCGUGUCAUGUGACGUGUACAUCCUGGAGAAACUACACAUGUGCAUGUUCUUUGACGAUGAGAUUCGGACCUCCAUGUUCUUCCCGACCCUUCAUGACGCCAUGCUGCACGUGCUUGAAAAACACAAGGAGGACCAGAGUAAAGGCUGGGCGCAAAGCAGAGAAGACAACUGA